AUGCCGGCAAUAUUCCCAUGGGAGAAGAACCCGGACGAGGAAGAAGAGGACUUGAUUUUCGUCGGUGAGUCGAAUGGCCCUCACAGACCCCCUACCACUCACCGCUCUAGCAAGACGUCGCUGUGCGUCUCGCAACGUCGAUACCAGGCGAGCACCAGGCGACGCAAUGCGAAUCUGUGGAAGCCGCUGCCCUUGCCGUCAUGCAGCCUCGCUCACGGCGCCGACGUCGUUGGCCGGAUUCCCUCAAUUUUCAUGGAUUCGAAAGGUAAAUAA